UGCGUGACGCAAAGAAUGCCCUCGCGUAGGUCCGUCCCGAGACUUUCGGGUCUCCACUUUUCGCGCUCCCGCGGCACCCGCACGGGGGCCUGGCCCUUUAAGUCCGCGCGCGAGGCCCCGCCUCCGGCCCGGCGCCCCGCCCCGCCCGCUGGGAGUCCGCCGCCGCCGCUCGGCCUGACGCGCGCCCCGCCUUCCCCAGCUGCGCACCCUCGGUCCAGCUGUGCGCGCACGUCGGGAGUCCCAGCCAUGUCAGCCGAGAGAGAGGUAGCCGAAGCGGCCACCGUGGUGGCAGCGGCCGAGGCAGGAGCCGGAGAAGACGCCUCUUCGCAGCCUUCGAACGCUGAACCAGCCAGCGAUGCCCAGCCGCCCGCGGUCUCCGAGGGGGCCGCGGCCGCGUCGCCGCCGCCGCUGCGCUGCCUGGUGCUCACCGGCUUCGGCGGCUACGACAAGGUGAAGCUGCAGAGCCGACCGGCUGCGCCCCCGGCCCCCGGGCCUGACCAGCUGACGCUGCGCGUCCGGGCCUGCGGGCUCAACUUCGCCGACCUGAUGGUCCGGCAGGGGCUAUACGACCGGCUGCCGCCGCUGCCCGUCACUCCGGGCAUGGAGGGCGCGGGCGUCGUGAUCGCCGUGGGCGAGGGAGUCACCGACCGCAAGGUAGGGGACCGGGUGAUGGUGUUGAUCCGGUCAGGCAUGUGGCAGGAGGUGGUGACUGUGUCCUCCGCCCAGACCUUCCUGAUGCCUGAGGCCAUGACCUUUGAGGAAGCCGCUGCCUUGUUGGUCAAUUACAUCACAGCCUACAUGGUCCUCUUUGACUUUGGCAACCUACGGCCUGGCCACAGCGUCUUAGUACACAUGGCUGCAGGGGGUGUGGGUAUGGCUGCCGUGCAGCUGUGCCGCACAGUGGAGAAUGUGACAGUGUUUGGAACAGCCUCGGCCAGCAAGCACGAGGUGCUGAAGGCGAAUGGGGUCACACACCCCAUCGACUACCACACGACUGACUACGCGGAUGAGAUCAAGAAGAUCUCCCCCAAAGGAGUGGACAUUGUCAUGGAUCCUCUGGGUGGAUCAGAUACUGCCAAGGGCUACAACCUCCUCAAACCCAUGGGCAAAAUGGUCACCUAUGGAAUGGCCAACUUGCUGACGGGCCCCAAGCGGAACCUGAUGGCCCUGGCACGCACGUGGUGGAAUCAGUUCAGCGUGACAGCUCUGCAGCUGCUGCCGGCCAACCGAGCUGUGUGCGGCUUCCACCUGGGCUACCUGGAGGGUGAGGUGGAGCUGGUCAAGGGUGUGGUGGCCCGCCUCCUGGCUCUCUACAGCGAGGGCCGCAUCAAACCCCACAUUGACUCCGUGUGGCCCUUCGAGAAGGUGGCGGAUGCCAUGAGGCAGAUACAGGAGAAGAAGAAUGUGGGCAAAGUCAUCCUGGUGCCUGGACCAGAGAAGGAAAACUAGGGUGGGGGCUGGGAGACCUCAGACCCAGGAAGAGAGAAGCUGGGAAGCCACGUUCUGUUGGCCCCCAGUCUCUCGCAUUUCAUCCUCUGUCAUAAUGCUCUGCCCUCUCUCCCCACGAGGUCUCCGUGGUGAUGACCUCUCCCCUGCCCUGUUCUUUCUCUUUAGUCAGGGCUGCCCCCUCCCUUCCACCUGCCCUCUGAAGAGGUUGGGAAGUGACCACUUGGAUGUCUGGGCCCUGCCAAGGGGAUAGGGAGGGUCAGAGUGAGGCUGGCUGCUUCCUGCCCCCACCCUUUCCCCGGGCCUGCUGUGCUGCUUUUGUGCCAAGGUCAGCCAAUCCCUUCCCGUCCUAUUCUGUGUGCUUCCGCCUCUGCCUCAUCUCUCCUCCUGCCCUUGCCCCACCACCUCCCCAAAGAAUUGAAAUGUCAGCUCAGGAUGUGGGGCCAAUUUGUGUGAGUCCAGCAUGUCUGAGUCUCGCCCUAGUGUCCCUUCAACCUGGGCUAACCAGCGCCCACCUCUGAACUCUGUUGCCUCGUUGCAUGGCCUCGUCCUCCAUCCCUAGAUUCUUAAGCACAACUGGGCUUCUUCCACCUCCAGGUUUUCUGCCACUCCUAACCAAGGUUGCCUCUUAGAACAAGGGCAGGAAUCAGACCUUCUCUGCUAGGUCACGGCCCUGUGGGAGGGACACGAAGCCCCCCUACCCUUCACUGAGUUCUCUGAAUUUGUUCUCAGUGCCUUAGCAAUGGAAAACCUGUGCUUGUAUAUGUGUGGGGGGGAGUCUCUGUCUCGGACCUCCUUCUCCACCCUUGUACUCCCCAGUGCCUUCCUUGUUCUGGUGGAGCUGGGAUUUUGCUCCCCCCCCCCAGUCCCACAACACUGCCAAAAAUCUGUGUGUGUGCCAGUGGGUGGGGGGCCAGCCCUAGCCUCCCGGGGUCUGUGCUAUGUCCUGUCCCUGGGGCUGUCAUUUCUCUAUGGUGGCUGAGGAGAAAGAGGCUGGGAAGCUUUCUCAGCCUUGCAGAUAAGUGUGGCAUUUACCAGCUAGAGCUCUGAGAGGCAAUGCUGUCUGUUUCUUGUUCUGGGACCAAAGUAAAAAUCAAAGCACAUUCCCCAUGUAGUCAGGGGAGGCCCACUGCCUUCUCAUAGCAGGGAGGCAGCUUUUCAAACUCGGCCCUGAACUUUGUUUACAUGGGUGGGGAGAUGGAGCAGGGGAGUCAACGGGGUAGAGUAGGACCUGGGCCACUGGAACCAAAGUGGGGACUUCCUAGGGUAGGGGUGUAACUCCCUCUGCUCUCUGAGCUAGAAUUAGGGAGGGUUAUUGCCAUUGUCAGUGGGAGGUGCGGGAGGGGCUCAUCUUCAUGAGGCCUACCCAAGUGAAAUGCAAUUUCUGCUUUUGUGUACCCCACCCCAUUACCGAAGCUGCCUUUGUGUUUGUGUCAAUAAAAAGCCAAACCCUG